CUCCAGUCCGCCUGCUCCGGCCCCCACUCCACCGGUCUGGGAUGUACCUCUCCAUCUGUUGCUGCUUCCUCCUGUGGGCCCCUGUCCUGACGCUCAAAAAUCUCAACUACUCGGUGCCGGAGGAGCAAGGUGCCGGCACAGUGAUCGGCAACAUCGGCAAAGAUGCUCGGCUCCAGCCAGGGCUUCUGCCUGCAGAGCGCGGCGGCGGCGGCGGCGGGCGCAGCAAGUCGGGCAGUUACCGGGUGCUGGAAAACUCGGCGCCACAUCUGCUGGACGUGGACGCCGACAGCGGGCUUCUCUACACCAAGCAGCGAAUCGACCGCGAGUCCCUGUGCCGCCACAACGCCAAGUGCCAGCUGUCCCUUGAGGUGUUCGCCAACGACAAGGAGAUCUGCAUGAUCAAGGUGGAGAUCCAGGACAUCAACGACAAUGCGCCUUCCUUCCCCUCCGACCAGAUCGAAAUGGACAUCUCGGAGAACGCAGCGCCUGGCACGCGCUUCCCCCUCACCAGCGCGCACGACCCCGACGCGGGCGAGAACGGGCUCCGCACUUACUUGCUCACCCGCGACGACCACGGCCUCUUCGCGCUAGAUGUCAAAUCCCGCGGCGACGGCACCAAGUUUCCCGAGUUGGUCAUCCAGAAGGCCCUGGACCGCGAGCAGCAGAACCAUCACACGCUGGUCCUGACGGCCCUGGAUGGAGGUGAGCCCCCGCGCUCGGCCACCGUGCAGAUCAACGUCAAAGUGAUCGACUCGAACGACAACAGCCCUGUCUUCGAAGCGCCCUCCUACCUGGUGGAGCUGCCCGAGAACGCCCCUCUGGGCACCGUGGUCAUCGAUCUGAACGCCACCGACGCCGACGAGGGUCCCAACGGCGAAGUGCUCUAUUCCUUCAGCAGCUACGUGCCCGACCGCGUGCGGGAGCUCUUCUCCAUCGACCCCAAGAGCGGGCUGAUCCGUGUCAAGGGCAACCUGGACUACGAAGAAAACGGGAUGCUGGAGAUUGACGUCCAGGCCCGAGACUUGGGACCCAACCCCAUCCCUGCCCACUGCAAGGUCACGGUCAAGCUCAUCGACCGCAAUGACAACGCGCCGUCCAUCGGUUUUGUUUCCGUGCGCCAGGGGGCGCUGAGCGAGGCCGCCCCGCCAGGCACUGUCAUCGCCCUGGUGCGGGUCACCGACCGCGACUCAGGCAAGAACGGGCAGCUGCAGUGCCGCGUGCUGGGCGGAGGGGGCACGGGCGGCGGGGGCCUGGGCGGGCCUGGGGGCGCGGUGCCCUUCAAGCUCGAGGAGAAUUAUGACAAUUUCUACACGGUGGUGACUGACCGCCCGCUGGACCGCGAGACGCAGGACGAAUACAACGUGACCAUCGUGGCACGCGACGGUGGUUCGCCCCCACUCAACUCCACCAAGUCAUUCGCAGUCAAGAUCCUGGACGAGAAUGACAACCCGCCUCGUUUCACUAAGGGGCUCUAUGUGCUGCAGGUUCACGAAAACAACAUCCCUGGAGAGUACCUGGGCUCUGUGCUCGCCCAGGACCCGGACUUGGGACAAAACGGCACCGUGUCCUACUCCAUCCUGCCCUCGCACAUUGGCGACGUGUCCAUCUACACCUACGUGUCUGUGAACCCCACCAACGGGGCCAUCUACGCCCUGCGCUCCUUUAACUAUGAGCAGACCAAGGCUUUUGAGUUCAAGGUGCUGGCGAAGGACUCAGGGGCGCCCGCGCACUUGGAGAGCAAUGCCACCGUGAGGGUGACGGUGCUGGACGUGAAUGACAACGCGCCGGUGAUCGUGCUGCCCACGCUGCAGAAUGACACCGCCGAGCUGCAGGUGCCCCGCAAUGCCGGCCUGGGCUACCUGGUGAGCACCGUGCGCGCCCUCGACAGCGACUUUGGCGAGAGCGGGCGCCUCACCUACGAAAUCGUGGACGGCAAUGACGACCACCUGUUUGAGAUCGACCCGUCCAGUGGCGAAAUCCGCACGCUGCACCCCUUCUGGGAGGACGUGACACCCGUGGUGGAGCUGGUGGUGAAGGUGACAGACCAUGGCAAGCCCACCCUCUCUGCGGUGGCAAAGCUCAUCAUCCGCUCAGUGAGCGGCUCCCUCCCUGAGGGAGUGCCCCGGGUGAAUGGCGAGCAGCACCACUGGGACGUGUCGCUGCCGCUCAUAGUGACUCUGAGCACGAUCUCCAUCAUCCUCCUAGCGGCCAUGAUCACCAUCGCCGUCAAAUGCAAGCGCGAGAACAAGGAGAUCCGCACUUACAACUGCCGCAUCGCGGAGUACAGCCACCCGCAGCUGGGCGGGGGCAAGGGCAAGAAGAAGAAGAUCAAUAAAAAUGAUAUCAUGCUGGUGCAGAGCGAGGUGGAGGAGAGGAACGCCAUGAACGUCAUGAACGUGGUGAGCAGCCCCUCCCUGGCCACCUCCCCCAUGUACUUCGACUACCAGACCCGCCUGCCCCUCAGCUCGCCCCGGUCGGAGGUGAUGUAUCUCAAACCAGCUUCCAACAACCUGACUGUCCCGCAGGGUCACGCGGGCUGCCACACCAGCUUCACAGGACAAGGGACUAAUGCGAGCGAGACCCCCGCCACUCGGAUGUCCAUAAUUCAGACAGACAAUUUUCCCGCAGAGCCCAAUUACAUGGGCAGCAGGCAGCAGUUUGUUCAAAGUAGCUCCACGUUUAAGGACCCAGAGAGAGCCAGCCUGAGAGACAGUGGGCACGGGGACAGUGAUCAGGCUGACAGUGACCAAGACACUAACAAAGGCUCCUGCUGUGACAUGUCUGUUAGGGAGGCACUCAAGAUGAAAACGACUUCAACUAAAAGCCAACCACUUGAACAAGCAUUCCCGACUUUGCUUUCCUUUGCUAUCCUCACCCUACACACCAUCACAACCAGACUUCAGUCGGUUGGUCUGCGUCCUCCAGAACAAGAAGAGUGUGUUAAUUGCACAGAUGAAUGCCGAGUGCUCGGUCAUUCUGACAGGUGUUGGAUGCCACAGUUCCCUGCAGCCAAUCAGGCUGAAAAUGCAGAUUACCGCACAAAUCUCUUUGUACCCACAGUGGAAGCUAAUGUUGAGACUGAGACUUAUGAAACUGUGAAUCCCACUGGGAAAAAGACUUUUUGUACAUUUGGAAAAGACAAGCGAGAGCACACUAUUCUCAUUGCCAAUGUUAAACCUUAUUUAAAAGCCAAACGUGCCCUGAGCCCUCUCCUCCAAGAGGUGCCCUCUGCAUCCAGCAGCCCAACCAAGGCAUGCAUCGAGCCUUGCACCUCAACAAAAGGCUCUUUAGAUGGUUGCGAAGCUAAACCAGGAGCCCUGGCCGAAGCGAGUAGCCAGUACCUGCCCACUGACGGGCAGUAUCUGUCGCCCAGUAAGCAACCAAGAGACCCACCCUUCCUGGCAUCUGAUCAGAUGGCAAGGGUCUUCGCGGAUGUGCAUUCCAGAACCAGCCGAGAUUCCAGCGAGAUGGGCACUGUCUUGGAGCAGCUGGACCAUCCCAGCAGGGAUCUGGGCCGAGAGUCAGUGGAUGCUGAGGAAGUCGUGAGAGAAAUCGAUAAGCUUUUGCAGGACUGUCGAGGAAGCGACCCUGUGGCUGUAAGAAAGUGAGGAAAGAAAAAGGAAGAAAGAAAGAACAAAGGCAUUGGCAUUUUCUUGUCUCUUCUGUUGAUUUAUAAAGGAUCCCUCCUGCUGACAACCUGUUUUCCAGGGAUGAAGAAAGACCAGUGCUGCUUCAAGGCUUUUAGUGAACAUCAGAAGUGCCCACAGUAGGCUCUUUUCACUGCUGUUUGUUUUUCAGAGAUAACAAUGGUCUUGUUUUGACCAAACUCACAUUAGGACAGAAUUAAUGAUGCUGAAAGAGGAAAGACAAAGAACAAGAAGAAGAAGAAGAAGAAGAAAGAAAACGAGAGAAGAAAAGAAGGAAGAUGAGGAGUCCGUACCUUUUGACAAUCUGUUAGGAAGGUAUGCAGUGUGACACCUGAUUUCUGCUCAGCUAAGGCUGUCCUCCUGGCUGAUGCUGACUUAACUGUUUACCUAUAAACCCCAUACAAAGCAGGGUCCUAAUUUGCGAUCUGUGGUGGAUGUCUAGCGGUCAUCACAGGCUCCUACUGAAAGUCCCAAAAGACCUUGCAGUAGUCCAAGCUACACCAAACAUUAACACGUAUCUGUGGUAAACAUUUCUGUAUAAAGUUACCUGCCACACAUAGAAACACAAAGAACAUUCCAUAUCAUUAGUCAAAAACUAAAAAGCAUAAAAAUCUUGGUCAUCUGUACUACAGUUCAUGUCGUAUAAAAGUUAAAUGUAAAAAAAUAGAGUCCAUUCUGUCCUGCACACAAAUAGACUAAUUCACUUCAUAAAGGAGAAGAAGGAAAUUUAAAGGUUAAAAUGCCUACUUAGCAUUUUAGUGUCCAACAAAUAAUGACUUAGGACAUUUUAAACUUGACAUAGGAAAAAUUUAAAACAUAGUUACUAUUGAAUGAAUGUUAAUCAAUGAAAAAUUAACAUGGCUAACGUUUUUUCUUCAUUUGUGGACACUAAAAUAGCUCAGGAAAGUGAAAUAUCUUAGACAUAUACAAAUCAUAUGACCAUUUAAAUGUGCAAGUGUAAGAAGAUUCAAUGUGUUUACAUCAAAUGACAUAUUUUUAUUGAUUUAUUGCAGAUUCCGUGCAUAUGAGCCAAAUUGUUGAGUGUAUAAGAGCUAUAUUGUGUAUUUUAUUAAAUUAAUAUAUAGUUGUGUUGCAAAAAUCUUUGGGCUUAUAUUGUAAAUGGCAAGUGUUGCCUCGGUAGCUGUCGAACUCUAUGAGUUUUGUUUUUCCUGCUUCCUUUUUCCCCAUGGAGUGUGGGAAGCAGUGCCUCAGAGCAAAGUCUCUCGUCUAAUGUAUAGUCUACCAAGUGCUGCAGUACAUAAUCUGUUCAAAAUGUGUUUGAGUGAGCGGAUGGAGCUAACUGAAGGGUCAAAAAAUACAUUCAUCAGCCAUGGUUAUGUGCAAGUCCUUGUAAAAGCUUUUAUUAAAGUCAUGCUACAUCACAAGAUUUACAUUUGUACUAGAACCUGAAACUUGCUCAUUGUUUCUUUCCCCCAAUAACACAUGCAGCUUCUGCCUAUGUAGAUACCACACCCUUCAUUAAUCUCCAAAAGUGUCAUCUGUGGUUUGGGAUGUGCGUUCCCAUUAUAUUUCAAAAACAUGAAAAAUGCUUUAAUGCAUGUGUGGUACCAGCACUGUUUACUUGCAUUGUGUAGUGUUUUUCAAGAAGUCUGAGUCUUAAGAAAAUUGUUUUUUCCUGUUUUUCAAUGCUCUUCUGCCUCUUUUUAUUGGCGUCCUUCAAGAACAAUACACCUUCUUUUCUUUCAUUUUAGUGGCACCUUUUCUGUGACAUUUAGCAGGUUUCAAACUUACUUCCACAUGAGGCUGGGAAACCUCAAAUUUCAGGAAUUGGAAAAAAAAAUUAGCACUUACAGAAGUAGCAGCAGAUGGGGAAAUGCCUUGAUUGACAUUUUCCUUCAGCAUUUAAAAAUUUUUGGCAUUUUACAGCUUCAUGACAAACAGUCUGCAGCCCAUACCUAGAGGAUGUGGCGCUGGCUUAACUAAAGGCUGUUUGUACACUGGAACAGGAACGUGCAUCCUUUGCAAACUGGUGGAGAAUUCUGUGCCUUCUUUUCUGGCCACUAAGCCAGUGUAGAAAAAGCAUAAAUGUCAUAAGAUCCUUAUAUUCAAAAGCAAAAGCAAAAACAGAUACCAACAUAGAACGGAAUUUAGUUUUGUAAUUUCAAACCUGAAAAAAUUCUACUGAAAAUAUUUCUGCUGAAUGCUGUCCCGAUUUGAGACUGUCCCACACUGGCAACACUGCUUUGAGAGGGAAGAGCGGACAACUCCCAUCAGCCUUAUUCGCUUGAGAACUGUACUUGGUUCCUACUAACAGCUUUUUCAAAGCUCUAUGCUGAGUUUUUAUGAUUCGUAAAUGUGGAAAUGAGAGAAAGAAGGGAUCUUGUACAUGUGAAACCUAAUUGACUCUCUAUAUUUUGGACAAUUUAUGUAUCUGAAAUGUGUUCACUCUCUUAUAUGCUUUUUAAAAUUUUUUUUGGCCAGGAGACUACAGGUUGAUAGCUGAAAUUUGAUGGGAAACCAAUUUCCCUUUAGUCUUACAAAUAUUGCCUCUCUCUUACCAGACAAAUAGCCAUUUAGUAAAAUCUAAGGCAGUAUGUAGAUGAAAUAAACUAAGAGAGUGGGGUUUACUUUUUAAAACAUCCUUAGUGCUGAGUAAAUAGUUCAAUAUAUUAUGUGUGUCUGAAGACUGGAAACACCGUACAAUUUUAAGAACUGAUUGUGCCAGUGGAUGAGGGAUGUACCUUUAGAACUCUCUGUUGCUGCUGUAAGCUAUUUAACACAUUAUCUGCAUUUAGUAGGGGCCGUUAUUUAUUCACAAGAUGGUGGGAAUUCGGUAGUAAGGACUCUUUAGCUUUUAUUGUUGAGUUGAAGGAAUUUUGCUUUUAUUCAUUUGGCUAAUAACUGCCUUCAUCACAGAAUUCUGGUGCUUGGUUUCCCAGGAAGCCUUAUGAGAUGCCAAAAUCACAUCUUUAGGGAGUAUCUUGCCCCAGAGAGUGAUGCAUGAUCAAACAGUGUGGUUUCAGCAUAAUUUAGAAUAUAAAAAAUUGUCUUAAAUCACACCCUCCUAGACACACACACACUCAAAAUUAAGAAUUUCAUAAUACUUCGCCUUUAAGUAUUUCAAUAACUGAGUCCAAGCACAAGUAAAGACGUAAUUUAUGGACCUUUUAGUUAGAAUCCAGAGUUUCAACAAUUGUUUACUGAUAAAUUCUUUAAUAUUUUUAAACAAUCUUCCCAUCAAAUAUGAAUGAUGUAAACUAGUUUCAUCAGUGAAAGCAGUAAGAAUAAGUGUUAGUUAUACUGAUACCAAAGUAAACAUUAAAGAGACAUAUCAUGCAAUUUCAAAGAAUGGAUUCAUGUUAUUUCUUAACCUGACAUACAUAUUCCCAUUGCAGGCUAUGUGCAAAGAUUGGCGUACUACUCCACAAAUCAAUUGUAUUCCUGGUUGGAAAAUUGACUUCUUUUGUUUUCCUAAAUUAGCUGAAAUCUUGUAAAACAUGACUUUCCUUUAAAGGAUCUAGACACUGCUCAAUUUAAAAAAAAUGACACCAUAAACACAAUCCAUGUAGUCAUAGAGCAGGAAGCUUUAUUAGAACAAGGUGAAAGCUGUUUUCUUGCCACUGGAGUAGAAGUUGCUGAGGUCAACAAGUAGACUGAGGUCUGGCAUAAUAUACACCCACUCAUUAUUGUCUAAUGAUAUUCUUUUCACAACAGACAACAUUUAUCAGAAAAUUAAUUCAAAUUCAUUUUGAGAGUUUUGGCUAUCAAGAUGUGUUAUUUUGAAAAAUAAUUGGAUGAGACCUGAUUAAUGUCCAACUUUCCUGGCCCCAGUGUUUUGCAAGUUGGCUAUUCCCAUAUAUCAACCCCAUCACUCCAUGUGGUUCUUAGCUGCACCAAGCAAUUGGUGAACAAGGACAACAAUAAAAGCAGCAUACAUUGUAUGGAUUUAUCUCAACGCUGUUGUUUAAUGGCUGUGUUUAAUGUGACCUAUCUGGAAAAUGAGGACUCCGAAUAAAAAGCUAUUACUAAUA